AUGGCUGAAGAUGCGGUUCGCAACAAGAUCUUCGAGUACAAGGCGAACUCCAACCUUGUGCUCACGGCGGACCGAGAUUCUCGUCGUCGGGGAGAGGAGGGGACCGGGGAGGUAGAGUCUCUCCAUGGCCGCAUGAAGGGGCAGAAGAUGGGGGACAGGCUCGACAAGGGGAACAAGCCCGAGUUGGAGGAGAGAAAGAAGAAGUCCCAGGCGAAGAGGGAGCGGAAGGCGACUGGCGAGGAGCAGGAGAGGAAUAAGCGGAGUCGCAUGCAGAAGGUGUUCGUUGCUGGGAAAGGCUCGACCGUCCUCACCGAGACGGAGGAGCUCGACAGCAUCAACUACCGCCCAAAAACAAAGCAAAGCAGGAUCGCCUACGAGGAGGUGUUGUCAACCAUGGUCGCUUCGCUGGGAGACCAGCCGCAGGAUGUCCUGAGGGGAGCCGCGGAUGAGGUCCUGGCGUGGCUCAAGGAUGAGUCCCUGACGGACCACAAGCGUCAGGAGGGCGUGGAGGAGAUUCUCGGCAAGAUGCGGCCUGAGCGAUUCCACAAGCUGGUGAGCCUCGGGAAAAGCAUCACGGACUUCUCGGCUGAGGGGGAAGAUGAUAAGGAUAAGGACAAGGAGGAGAUGGACCAGGACGACGACCAUGAGAAGCUCGAUGAAGAGAUGGGUGUCGCUGUCGUGUUCGACGACGACGACGACAAGGACGAAGACUCGGAGCUUGACGAGGUGCAGUCGGGAGAGGAGGACGAGGACGAGGGGGAGGAGAUGGGCGUCGAUGCCAGGAAAGGGCGGUCCCUCAGGGGGGAGGAGGGGGAGGAGGAGGGGGAGGAGGAGGACGUCGACGAGCUUUCGGUGCAGGACGUCGACGCGCAUUGGCUGCAAAGAGGACUCAACAAGUUCUACGGAGAUGCCGACAUCUCUGCCAAGCUCGCCGAAGACGUUCUCAACGUGCUCAUGCUGACGGAUGAGCGGGACGUGGAGAACAAACUGGUGGUCCUUCUGGAGUACGACAAGUUCCCCUUCAUCAAGGUUCUUCUAAAGAACCGCGCCAAGGUUCUGUACUGCACCCGCCUGAAGGGAGCUCAGAGCGCGGAAGACAAGCAGGCCAUCCAGGAAGAGAUGAUGGCCGACGACGCCGGCGGGGGUCCGCAGAUCCUGGAGGCCCUGCUCAAGACGGACUCCGCCUCGAGCUGGAACCAGGACAAGCUGGCGGACUUCGGCAAGAAGACCCGCAAGGAGGCCAGGGCGCUGGUGAAGGGGGGCGGCGGCGGAGGCGGUGCGGCGGGGGGAGGGGGAGACGGGGACGAGAUGGACGCCGACGAGGCGUUCGCCCCCGCGACGUCCGCGGACGUGAAGGCCCAGACGAUCGUGGACCUCGAGGCGAUGGAGUUCACGGAGGGGGGCCACCUCAUGACCAACAAGCGCUGCGACCUGCACUCCAAGUCCUGGAGGGCGCAGAAGAAGGGGUACGAGGAGGUGCACGUGCCAGCCGUGAAACACAUUCCGGUGGAAGGCGAGAAGCUCAUCCCCAUCGAAGACCUGCCCAAGUGGGCCCAGCCCGCCUUCAAGGGUAUGGAGAAAUUGAACCGCAUUCAGAGCAAGAUGCAGGAGGCGGCCCUGCUAUCUCCGGAGAACCUCCUGCUGUGUGCCCCGACGGGUGCGGGUAAGACGAACGUGGCCCUCAUGACGAUGCUGCACGAGAUCGGUCAGCACCGCAAGGAGGACGGCACGAUCGACGUGGACUCGUUCAAGAUCGUCUACGUGGCCCCCAUGAAGGCCCUCGUGCAGGAGGUGGUGGGAAACUUCGGCAAGAGGCUGCAGAGCUACGGCGUCACCGUGAAGGAGCUGUCCGGUGACCAAAGCCUCAGCCGACAGCAGAUCCAGGAGACGCAGGUGAUCGUUACCACCCCCGAGAAGUGGGACAUCAUCACCAGAAAGGCGGGGGACAGGACGUAUACCCAGCUCGUCCGGCUGGUGAUCAUCGACGAGAUCCAUCUUCUCCACGACAACCGCGGCCCUGUGCUAGAGAGUCUCGUGGCGAGAACCAUCAGGCAGAUCGAGGCAACUCAGGAAAUGGUCCGGAUCGUCGGGCUUUCGGCCACCCUGCCCAACUACGAGGAUGUGGCUACGUUCCUGAACGUUAACCCGGAGAAGGGUCUGUUCUACUUCGAUAACUCUUACCGGCCGGUGCCCCUGCAGCAGCAGUACAUCGGGGUCACGGAGAAGAAGGCCAUCAAGAGGUUCCAGCUCAUGAACGAGAUCUGCUACGAGAAGGUGAUGGCCCAGGCAGGGCGAAACCAGGUCCUAAUCUUCGUGCACUCUAGGGCCGAAACCGCGAAGACCGCCAAAGCGCUCAGGGACAUGACCGUGGACCGAGACACGGUUACGAGUUUCAUGAAGGAAGACUCGGCCUCGGCGGAGAUCCUCAAGGAGAUGGCGGCCGAAGCGAAGAACGAAGACCUCAAGGACGUGCUAGGCUACUCGUUCGCGAUCCAUCACGCCGGUCUCCCCAAGGGCGACCGCCAGCUGGUGGAGGACCUCUUCCAAGACAAGCAUAUCCAGGUAUUGGUGUCUACGGCCACGCUGGCGUGGGGUGUGAACCUUCCCGCACACACGGUGAUCCUCAAGGGAACCCAGAUGUACUCUCCGGAGAAGGGGAAGUGGGUGGAGCUGUCACCCCUCGACAUCUUGCAGAUGAUGGGGCGUGCUGGACGUCCUCAGUACGACUCCGAGGGAGAAGCGAUCGUCAUCACGCAGCACAGCGAGCUCCAGUACUACCUGAGCCUCAACAACCAGCAGCUGCCCAUCGAGAGCCAGUACGUGUCGAAGCUCGCGGACAACCUCAACGCGGAGAUCGUCCAAGGCACCGUCCAGAGUGUCGCAGAGGCCGCGCAGUGGCUGGGGUACACGUACCUGUACGUGAGGAUGAUGCAGAACCCCGGCGUCUACAGGGUGCCGCCGGACCAGCUGGACAAUGACCCCGUGCUGCUGCAGUUCAGGGUGGACUUGGUCCACACGGCGGCAACCAUCCUCGACAAGACCAACCUUAUCAAAUACGACAGGAGCGGCAAGACCUUCCAGCCGACCCCUCUCGGCAGGGUGGCGUCGUACUUCUACGUGACCCACCAGACCAUGGCCCGGUACAACGAGUACCUCAAGCCCACCAUGAGCGACAUCGAGAUCUUCAGGCUCUUCUCUCUGUCGGGAGAGUUCUCGCACAUCGUGGUGAAGGACGAGGAGAAGCUUGAGCUUGGCAGGCUGGCAAGCAGGGUGCCCAUUCCGAUCAAGGAGAGCGUGGACGAGCCCACGGCAAAGGUGAAUGCCCUCCUGCAGGCGUUCAUCAGCCAGCUCAAGCUCGAGGGUUAUGCUCUGGUGUCGGACAUGACGUACGUGCAGCAGUCGGCGGCGCGGCUUUGCCGGGCUCUGUUCGAGGUUGCCCUGAAGAGGGGGUGGGCUGCCCUGGCUGAGAAGACGCUGGACCUGUGCAAGAUGGUGGAGAGGAGGUGCUGGUUGAGCCAGAGCCCUCUCCGCCAGUUCCGCCUCCUGCCGGAGGUGAUCGUGCGCAAGCUAGAGAGGAAGGAGAUCGCGUGGGACAGGUACUACGACCUGAAGCCGGCCGACCUGGGUGAGCUGGUGAAGCUGCCUAGGAUGGGCAAGACGCUUCACCGUCUGGUGCACCAGUUCCCACGCGUCGAGCUAGCCGCCAGCGUGCAGCCGAUCACGCGGGCGCUGCUGAGGGUGGAGCUCACCAUCACGCCGGACUUCCUCUUCGACCAGAAGGUUCACGACUACGCGGUUCUGUUCUGGAUCCUGGUGGAGGAUGUGGACGGCGAGAAGAUUCUCCACCACGAGCCCUUCCUGCUCAAGCAGCAGUACGCCGAUAAGGAGCACAUGGUGUCUUUCACCGUCCCCAUCAAGGACCCCCUUCCGCCCAACUACUUCAUCAAGGUUAUCUCCGACAGGUGGAUGCACAGCGAGGCCGUGCUUCCGGUGAGCUUCCGGAACCUCAUCCUCCCCGCCAAGUACCCGCCUCACAGCGAACUCCUGGACCUGCAGCCUCUGCCGGUGUCGGCCCUGAAGAACCCGGCGUUCGAGAAGGUCUACUCGGAGAAGGGGAUUCAGUUCUUCAACGCCAUUCAGACCCAGGUGUUCCAAGAGCUGCACGACGGAGACGCGAACGUGCUCGUGUGCGCCCCCACGGGCAGCGGCAAGACGGCCUGCGCCGAGCUGGCCCUCAUGCGCCUCUUCACGACCAACCCCACGGCAAGGGCGGUGUACAUCGCCCCCAAGGCCGAGAUCGCCUCGCUGCGGUUCCGAGGAUGGUCGAAGAGCAUCGGCGAGGGCCUCGGCAAGACCGUGGUCGAGCUAACGGGGGAAGCGGCGGCCGACCUGAAGCUGCUGGAGAGGGGCAGGGUGAUCGUGGCGACGGCGCAGCACUGGGACGCGCUCAGCCGGAGGUGGAAGCAGCGGAAGAACGUUCAGGACGUGGCCCUGCUUAUCGCCGACGAGCUUCACCUCCUCGGAGGGCCAGAAGGGCCCACCCUCGAGGUCGUCGUCAGCCGCAUGAGAUACAUCAGCAGCCAGCUCGAGAAGAAGUGCCGCAUUGUCGGGCUUUCCGCCUCGCUGGCUAACGCGAAGGACGUCGGUGACUGGAUCGGGGCGACGGCGCACUCUCUCGUCAGCUUCCGUCCGGACGUUAGGCCCGUCCCGCUGGAGAUCAAGCUGCACGGCUUCGACGUUAACCACUUCGGGUCUCGCAUGCUCGCCAUGGCCAAGCCGGCCUACAACUACGUGGCACCCCGGACAACAAGCCGGCCAUCGUGUUCGUCCCCUCCGAGGAAGCAGAGCCAGCUUACGGCCAUCGACAUGGUCACCUACGCCGCGGCAGACGGCGAGCCGAACAGGUUCUUGACGGUCGCGGAGGAAGAGAUCGCCCCGGUGGUGGAGACGGUGCGGGAGGCGGCCCUGCAGCAGACACUGGGGCACGGGGUGGGCUUCGUGCACCAGGGCAUGCUGGAGGCGGACCGGAAGCGGGUGGAGGGGCUGUACAGGGACGGCAUCAUCAAGGUGCUAGUGGUGCCCUUCGGCAUGUGCUGGAGCUUAGACCUCUCCGCGAGCCUGGUGGUGGUGAUGGGCACGGAGUCGUACGACGGGAGGGAACACAAGUACGUCGAUUACCCGGUGACGGACCUCCUGCACAUGACCGGCCUUGCCUCCAGGCCCCUGCUCGACAGCAGCGGGCGCGGGGUUCUCCUGUGCCACACCCCGAAGCGGGAGUACAUCCGCAAGCUCCUGUACGACCCCUUGCCGAUCGAGAGCCACCUCGACCAUGUCAUGGCGGAGCACAUGAACGCCGAGGUGGUGACGAAGACGAUCGAGAACAAACAGGAUGCCGUGGACUACCUCACGUGGACGUUCUACUACCGCAGGCUCACACAGAACCCAAACUACUACGACAUGGGGGGCAGCUCCCACAGGCAUCUCAGCGACCACUUGAGCGAGCUGGUGGAGCGUGUGGUGGGGGACCUCGAGGAGGCGAGGGCCGUGUCCGUCGAGGACGACAUGAACCUCAGCGCGCUAAACCUGGGCAUGAUCGCCGCGUACUACUACCUGCAGUACACCACCAUCGAGCUCUUCGCCAACUCUGUCACGGCCAAGACGAAGCUCAGGGGCUUGCUGGACAUCGUGGCAUCGGCCUCCGAGUUCAACGAGCUCCCUGUCAGGCAGCAGGAGGAGAAGGCCCUCAAGAUGCUGGCGCACCACCUCCCUCAGAAGCUUCCGAACGAGUGGCAGUUUUCGGACACCAACGCAAAGGCCCACGUGUUGCUGCAGAGCCACUUCAGCAGGACGGCGCUGUCCACGGACCUCCGAGCAGACCAGAAGGUGGUUCUGCUGGACUCUGUUCGGCUGCUGCAAGCGGUGGUGGACGUGAUCUCGUCGAACGGCUGGCUCAAGCCUGCCCUCGAAGCGAUGGAGCUGUCGCAGAUGAUGGUGCAAGGGGUGUGGGCGAAGGACAGCUACCUGCGACAGAUCCCGCACUUCUCGCCCGAAGUGAUCCAGAGAUGCGAGGAUGCAGGAGUCGAGACCCCGUUCGACAUCAUGGGUCUGGAGGACGACGAGAGGGACAGGCUGCUGGACAUGCCGCAGAGCAAGAUGGGGGACGUGGCGAACUUCUGCAACGCCUUCCCGAACGUGGAGAUGGACUUCGAGGUGCAGGAGAGCGACGACAUCACGGCCGGGGACCCCGUGACCCUGGUGGUAUCCCUUGAGAGGGAGGGGGAAGAGGACGAGGACGAACCCGAGGGGGGCUGGGGCAAGGUGUGUGCCCCCUUGUACCCCAAGUCCAAGACGGAGGCGUGGUGGGUGGUUGUCGGGGACAAGAAGAAGAACACUCUUCUGGCCAUCAAGAGGGUCACCCUGCAGCGCAAGACGAGAGCAAAGCUCGAGUUCGCGGCUCCGGACGAGGUCGGAGAGCACACGUUGGAGCUAUUCCUCAUGUGCGACAGCUACGUCGGCUGCGACCAGGAGUACGCGGUGGAACUCAUGGUUGGAGCGGCCGGCAGCGACGACGAGAGCGAAGAAGAUUGAUACAUGAAAUUCAUCUGGCCCGGUUCUUCAGAUACCCAAAUGACAAGAGAAAUGCCAUCGAUAGGCAGGAUGUCAAGUAUCUGUUUGUUAGUCGUCUCGAGCACGUGGGCGUAGAUAUGAUAGGCACGGGUGGCUGGGGAAAAACACAGAUGCGGGGAACCCUGCGGCUUUGCCAGUUCAUGCGAAUUAACAAAUCUCACUUGGCCAACACAUGUGCACGAUACCGCGUCAAUAGCAUUUCAGAGAAAAUCGUUACCCAAUGGGGCGCACGGUUUCCCUUCGGCGGAGCCCUCCCUCCCUACACGGGCAUCGGCCCUGGCCGAGAUCUCCGCAGGAGCGUUGUACGUUGCCGGUGUCGUGUGAUUGGUUUGUGCUAAAUUGCUACAUCGUCCUGUCCGUGGAAGAGAAGCCAAACGUGCUCUCGGCGGAGUCUUUCAUGAUUUGUGGACGUGCCUCUGCAUGGAUUCGGAUACAACUGGAGUGGUUUCGCCGAUGGCUUUGUCGUGCUGUUGGGUGUAUUCCCCAAGCAAGAUUGCUUGCAUCCUUGGGGUUGGGCAUCAAUCGAACACCCUUUGGUAGUGAAGUGAAAAUCGAGCGUUUUUGCGUCCGUUUUCUUGGCGGUCACAAGGCCGCUUCGAGUUUCAAUCGAUACUGUGUACUGACGGUGGAGGCUUGCGUCGUCAGGGCAAACGACACUUAGGAAAAUAUCCAGCUCGCAUGUUUUGCUGUGGGGCUGGGAUUCUACCGCAGCUGAAGGUGUGCUCAGUGGUGCCGCUCGGGACGUGGACAUUGCUUUGGACUGUGGGGGAGAUGCAGUUGGAUCGCAGGUUCUGCGGUCCUGGCGUACGUUGGGGGGGGGGUUCAGGAAGCAUCUCGGAUUGGCCUGCGAAGGAAGUACACCAUUGGGGUUGAGGGGAAAACUAAUUCUAAUAUGGAUGAUACCGCUG